GCGGCCCAGAGCGUCCCCUGCAGCGCAGCGGCUCCCAUUGGCUGGGGUUCCAGGGGCCCCAGCCAAUCCUGCCAGGAGUCGUGGUUUUCCUGGGCUGGGACCCCCGACACUCAGAAGCGAGGGGCACCGCCGGAUGGAGCCACAAGCACAGCUGACCCAGUGACACGUUGACAUCAGUCUGGCCCCACGGAGCCCCCUGCCCCUGCAGUAGCUGCCGCCUCCCUGGAUGUUGGAUAUUGAGUUCCAGAAGUCCCCCAAGGGGAAAUGGACAACACCACCCUUCGACCCGCGCUUCCCCAACCAGAACCAGACCCGCAACUGCUACCAGAACUUCCUGGACUACCACCGCUGCGUCAAGAGAAUGAACCGCCGUGGGAAAAGCACGCAGCCCUGCGAGUAUUACUUCCGCGUGUUCCACUCGCUGUGCCCCAAGAGCUGGGUGCAGCGCUGGACCGAGCAGAUCCAGGGAGGGACCUUCGCAGGCAAAAUCUGACGGCCUGAGUGCGGACGCCCCGAAGGAUCAGCGCGCUGACACCCUCCACCCCCCACCGUCCUCGAGUCUCCCCGAGACUCUCUAAGCCACACAUAAAGCUAUGUUGCUGCUGA